UGUACAACGGAAAAUUGAAAUAAAAAAAUAAUAAUAACAACAAUAAUAAUAAUAGCAAUACUAUAAAGUAUAAUAAUUAAUAUUAACCGAAUAAAUAUUCAAAAUAAAAUUAUUAUAGCGAAUUAGCACGCGUUCAUUUGCUUAAUUAAACUAUUUUCCUAAUUAAAAUACUUAAAUACACUAUAAUGAAAAAUAAAUUUGUUAUAUGCGGAUUAUAUAUUGAAUGGAAACGGUAAAAAAGUUUUAAAUUGAAUGCAAUUUUAAUUAAAAAAAUUAUUGUAAAAUAGUACAAUUUUACAUGGCUUCCAUAAUAGAAUUUCACGAAUUUUAUUUAUCAAAUUUUAAUUUAAAAACAAAAUUAUAAAAACAAAAUUAACUUAUUAACAAAAAAAACAAAGAAAACUAAAAAUGAGUUUUAAGUAAGAUAAAGGCAUUUAAUAUUUAAAUAGUCAUCACACCUACCUAUACAUAAGUGUAUAUAUAUACAUAUAUAAAAUAUAAAUCAUGUCGCUCUGGAAUAAUUUAGUACAAAAUAUUAAUAGACUUUGGCGGUUUCGUGUUUCUGGAGUACACGAAAAUAAUGAAGCUGAUUCAGAUGAAAGUUAUUACAGUAAUGGAGAGGAUGGAAUAUCUGCUAGUAAAGUAAGAGAUUUUUUACGUGAUAAUCCGGAUUUUUUGGAAAAACAUGUUAUGGAUGAAGUUGAAUUAGAAUUGUUAGAACGAUGGAUGAUAAGGCGAACACAAAGAUCCCGUAAAGCCACAACACAAUCACUAGGUGGUCUUGGCAAUCGUAAAACAAGUUUAUCAAGAUGGAAAUUUUGUGUGCAUGCUGACAAGAGGCAAAUGUUGCAAGAUUUAACACAUUCAUUGCAGUUAAGGCCAACCAAAGCACACGUUCUAUGGGAAUUAGCUAAUUGUAUAUCAUCAGCAAUAAAUGCAGAUGGAUUCAAUUUAUAUAUAACGGAAAAUGGUGACCCGGAAAAUUUAUCAUUAUAUCUAGGCCAGAACUCAGCUGGAGUUGCCAAAUUACAGAAGUUACGUUCUGGAAUAUCAGUUCCUCUAUACGUUGCUAGAACAAGAGAACAAGUACGUUUAUCAAAAGGUGAUUCAAAUACGAAGUUUCCCGAUGCAUUGCCACGAAAAAGUGAUAUAGCACAUAUUUUAUGUCAGUCAGUGUGUCAACCGGAUGGUCAAUUGAUUGCUGUUAUAGAAUUAUAUAGAAAAGAUGGUGGUUUUCCCUUCCAUGAAGAAGAUGAAGAAAUUUCUAUUAGCUAUUUGGUUUGGGGUGGAAUAGCUUUACAUUAUGCAGCUUUAUUUAUGAAUAUGAACAAACAAAGAAAAUUAAACGAUUUUCUUUUGGCCGUUGUUAAAUCAAUAUUUCAAGAUAUGGUUAGCAUAGAUAUGUUAGUCUCGAAAAUAAUGAAUUUUGCUCAACGUUUGGUAGAUGCCGAUCGCGCUUCACUUUUUUUAGUGGAUUCGAAGAGCAAAGAGCUAUAUGCGACUAUAUUUGAUGUUGGUAUAAAUGAUUACCAAAAUGGGAAUACUGAUUCCCCCAAUGCAAAAAAUGAUAAUAAUGAUAACAAAAAACCAAGAGAAGAAAUACGUUUUUCUAUUGGAACGGGAAUAGCUGGUCAAGUUGCAUUAACUGGUGAAAUACUUAACAUUAAAGAUGCUUAUUCUGAUCCCCGAUUCAAUCGCGAAGUAGAUCAGAAAACUGGAUAUAAAACUGAUUCAAUAUUAUGCAUGCCAAUAUAUAUUCGAGGUUCUAUAAUUGGUGUUGUACAAAUGGUUAAUAAACGCAGUGGUUAUUUCACAAAAGAAGAUGAAGAAGCUUUUGAAAUGUUUGCAGUUUAUUGUGGAUUGGCAUUACAUCACGCAAAACUAUACGACAAAAUAAGAAAAUCUGAACAAAAAUACAAAGUGGCAAUUGAAGUACUCAGUUAUCAUAAUACAAGUUCAGAUGAUGAAGUGAGAAACUUUAUUGAAGAUAAAACACCAGAUUCAGUUCCUGAAAUUGAUAAUUAUUACUUCAAUCCUUUUCUUUAUAAUGAUUUCCAAAAAAUUAAAUUUGCAACGUACAUGUUUGUUGAUCUAUUUGGACUUCGACGAUUUGAUAAAAAUAAUUUAAUUCGGUUCACGCUUACAAUAAAAAAGAAUUACCGUAGAGUACCAUAUCAUAACUGGAGUCAUGGAUUUUCAGUAGCCAAUUCAAUGUAUUCUUUAAUAAAAAAAGCAACAGAUGCAUUUAAACCAAUUGAGUGUUUAGCUUUAUACAUUGCUUCUUUAUGUCACGAUCUGGAUCAUCGAGGUAAAAAUAACAAAUUUAUGUUAGAUACCGAAUCUCCUAUUGCAGCAAUUUAUUCAACAUCUACUAUGGAGCAUCAUCAUUUUAAUCAAACUGUGGCCAUUCUUCAGCAGGAUGGUCAUAAUAUAUUUGCAAAACUAUCAAGUAACGAAUACAAAACUGUUCUGGGUUUAAUCAAGCAUUGUAUAUUAGCAACAGAUUUAGCAUUAUUUUUUCCUAAUCGUGCGAAACUUCAAGCUCUGGUAGAUGAUCAAAAGUUCUCAUGGAACGAUAAUGAGCACCGACUGCUAGUACAAGCAAUCGCAAUGACAGCAAGUGACUUAUCAGCUUCGGCAAAACCAUGGGAAGUGCAAGAAAAUACUGUUAAAGUUAUUUUUGAGGAGUUCUACGAGCAAGGCGACGCAGAGCGAGCUGCUGGUCGAGAACCAAUAGCAAUGAUGGAUCGUUUAAAACCAGAAGAGCAACCGAACUCUCAAGUUGGUUUCAUAAGUGCAAUUUGUUUGCCAUGUUAUUCAUUAUUACAUAAGUUGAUACCUGAAACGGAACCCUUACUAAAUAAAUGUCAAGAAAAUUUGCAAAGAUGGAAAAGUAUUGCACAGGAAGUGAUUAAACAAAAGUCACAAAAACUGCAAGAUAAUGCACAAUAAUUAUUUAAUUGAAACAUACUUAGUUGUAAUUUUAUAAGUUAAAAUUAUUAUUUAAUGUACUAAAUACCUUAAAUAGAAAUACUUACAUA